AUGUCGAGUAGAUCAAUCCUGCCCCACAACAUCCUCGAAGAGAUCUUUCUGAAGCUCCCUAUCACAACUCUUAUUCAAUGUAGAUAUGUUUGUAAGUCAUGGAAAAAUAUUCUUGCAAACCCUAAUUUUGCUAAGCUUCACCAACAACUCACUGAUGUGCUGCUUUGUGUUCAAGAGGUAGUUGACUUUCCCAGAGGUGAGUACUUGAAUCUUCCACCACUUGAUGAGGAAAAGGGUUUGCACUCACAUUUAUGCGGAUUAGGGUUUAGUCCCAAAUCUAAUCGUUUUAAGGCUAUCAGAAUUACUUAUAAAAAAGAAAAACAUAUGCCUGGUAAUUCACAAGCUCUAGCUGAGGUAUGCACAUUAGGCACUGAGUCAUGGAGAAGUGUUGGGUUUGCCCCGCUAUAUGAUUACACUUCCUUGCAUUUUAGCCUCUUAGAACAUAAGAAUGUUUUCGUCAAUGAAUCUCUUCACUGGCUUCCGAAAAAACUAUAUGGUUCUUCAGGCUAUCUCGAAAUAUGUGCUUUCGAUUUUGACAGAGAGCAAUUUAGAACAUUCUCAGCACCUCCUCAUAGAUAUCUUGAAUAUUUGACUCUUGAUAUCAGCACUUUUGGAGAGUCCCAGCUCUGUAUGUAUUUUCAGACCUCCGACGACCUCGCUAUAGAUGUGUGGCUGAUGAAAGAAUAUGGUGUUGCAGAAUCUUGGACGAAAAUACUUGUAAUCCAAGACUCAUAUGAGUUCAAACUGAAUAACUUCUUAGAGUUGAAACUGAAUAACUUCUUAAAGAAUGGAAAUAUUCUGUUAAUGGGAUGCGACAUUAUGCUUUUGUACAAUCAUGGAAAGAAAAUUUUUACAGAGGUGGACACUCAUGGGGUUACAAUUCAAAAUGGAGCAAUACAGCACAAAGACAGAUAUGGUUUCGGUACAUGUUUUGUUCACAAGCCAAGCUUUGUUUCACUCAAAGAUAUGAUUGAGGUAGACAACUCAAAGUUUCGAGUGCGUGUUUUGCAAUAUGAUGCAAAGAAUAAUGUUGUUUACUGUAGCUGUAAAAUGUUUGAUUCACAAGGGAUAUUAUCUUGUCAUGCUUUACGAAUUCUAAAUGUAAAGUGUAUAACUUCUAUCCUAGUGCAAUAUGUUGUGAAACGAUGGGUGGAAGAAGGGAAAAAAGGGAUAAUGGAGUAUGAAGAAACCUCAUUGGCACCUAUGAGUUCUAAUGAGAUGGAAUUGGCAUGGCGUAAUGCAUGA